AUGAAGGUUUUAGUUGUCCGUUUCUGGCUUCUUUUACUGCUUCUGCACCAAAGAAAGGAGAAUCUGGCGUCAGCCCUGUGUUCAGUGCCCACAGUGCUCUGCUGUCUUGGCAGGGAUGACAACUGCAGACGAGAGUGCUAUUGUGAUGAGUUCUGCAUCAUACUCGGAGACUGCUGUUCUGACUACAAUCAGAUAUGCAAUCCUUCUCCACCAAACUCAACAUCUAUACCAUCAAUACUUUCACAAACAGAAACAAAAGCCCCAUUGCUUCAGCCACAUCCAACAUUCCAACAGCUUUCAGUGUCAAUCUCACCCCAGUCAUCAUCCUCACCCACCAUUAAACCAUCACCAUCAUCCUCAUCUUCUACACCAUCAACAAAAUCCUCUUCAUCUUUACCAGUGUCGGCAGUAGCGAUAUUAUCACCCACACCAUUGUCAUCCUCAAUGCCACCAUCUUCUGCAAUAACCUCAAUACAAACUUCAUCAACCUCGCCAUCUUUAACUAUAACACCAUCGACUUCAUCAUCACCAACCACAACGAUCUCAUCAACAAACUUAUCAUCAACCCCAGCAGCACAGCCCUCACUAUCAGCAGCAUCAUCAUCGUCCUCAUCAUCUUAUUCUUCAAUAAAAUCAUCUACAUCAUCUUCAUCAGUGCAACUAUUUUCAUCAACAUUGCCCCAACCAGCACAGCCCUCAAUGUCAACAACCUCUGCAUCAUCUACCUCAUCCUUACCAUCAUUAAAAGACUUACAGCUUACAUCACCAUCAACACCAUCUUUAUCAUUGUCAACACCCUCAGUAAUAUCAACUCCACCAUCCUCUUCAUCUUUACCAUCCACAGCAGCAUCUUCAUCAGUCCCACUAUCCCCAUUUGCAUCAUCAUUGUCAUCUUCAACAAUGACACUUUCAAUCACCAUCAUUACCAACCAUGCCAUUAUUUCCAUCAUCCUUACUGUCAUCACCACCGUCAUCAUCCCCAAACUCUCCAUCAUUCUCAGAAUCAUCUUCACCCCCAUCGUCAUCAAUCUUGCCAUCCUCCCCAAACUUUCCAUCAUUUAG